GUUCUUGUCAUCCUUGAGCCACGUGUUAGCAGAGCAAAAUUAGGGCUUUUUUUCCUACGAAAAAAAAUAAAUCAUAAUUAGGGUUUUCUGCAAAUCACUUUCAAUAAAAACUCUACCUUUGACAUUGCAAAUCCCCAUGGCGACUACCGCUGCCGCCAUUGCUCCGCCGCCCCUCGUGCCGGAGGAAAAUCCCUGCGAUAUGUCCCCAGAAGAAGAGGAAGAAGAAGAAGAUCCCGAAGAGCUACCCUUCGACGACGAUGAAUCAAACAGCCCUCCUCAGUCACCACAAUUGGAAACCCUUCCGCCACAGCCGGUGCCAUCGCCGCCGUCUUUAUUCAAUUCGUUAGCCGAAUUGAAAGACCUCUCCGCCGCCAUAUCUUCCUUCCAGCAAUGCUACGACGAUCUCCAUAAUCACCUCGAUUCCAUCAAAGCCGCUAUUUUGUCCAAACUGCCCCCGGAAACUCCCGAAAUCGCCGCACUCGCCCCUUCUUCCUCCUCGUGCAGACCUAAUUUACUGGAAGAAACGAUUUUGCAGAAGCAGCAGCAACAAGAGGAGCAGAAUCCCCCAAAUUCAGAGCUUGAUAACCUGUGCAAAAUUAUGUGCAGCCGAGGAAUCCGGAAAUACAUGGCCACUCACCUUCCUCAGCUUCCGAAACUACGGGAAGAAGUGCCGAAGGCUUUGAAACUGGCUUUGAAUCCUCCGAAGCUGGUGUUGGAGUGCUUGGGUAAGUUCUAUUUGCAGGGGAGUAAGGCGUUUACGAAGAACUCGCCUAUGAUACCAGCUCGCGAGGCGUCCAUUUUGAUAUUGGAGUGUUUCUUGUUGAUGAUGGGGAUGGAUUCCGACAAUCACAAAGAUGAUGGGGUGAUGGAUAUCGAGGAGGCCGUAAAAGGGGAGGCGGAGACAGCGGCAUUGGCGUGGCGGAAAAGGUUGUUGUUUGAAGGUGGUCUGGCGAAGGCCAAUCAGAUCGAUGCACGUGGGCUUCUGUUGUUUGUUGCGUGUUUUGGGAUUCCGAGCGCAUUUAAGAAGGAGGAUAUUCGGGAUUUGGUGAUUGCCGGCAAUGCCAAGGAGAUUUUGGGUGUACUGCAGAAGUCGCACGAGCUAAUGAAUAAAAUUCCAGAAAUAGUGGAAGGGAUGAUGAAGAAUAAAAUGGAAGUAGAUGCUAUUGAUAUUGUUUACACCUUCGGGCUUGAAGCGAGGUUUAAUCCUCAUAAAGUUUUGAUGCAGUUUCUACGGGAAUCUAAAGAAUCUUGGAAAAAGCCGAGGAAGGGACAGGGCUCAGAAGCUACGCAGAACGAUUUAAACAAGAAGUAUUUAGCUGCUCUAAAAUCCGUCAGCAAGUGCUUGGAAAGACACAAGAUUGAUCCAACAAAGCUUCUUUCUGGAUGGCAAAUCAAGGAAAAGAUUGCAACUUUGCAAAGAGAAAUUGCCGAAUCCGAAAAAAAAUCGGCAGAUACAACACCGAACAAAAGAAAAGCAAUCGAAAACGAGACAUGGAAGAGGCCGAAACCCCAAGAAUUACCAAAACGACCCCGGUACGUUGACCACGGUCAACACCACCAAAGCAUUCCUACUGCUCAUUUAGACAGCAGAAGGAACUUAUUGGAUAUUGGUCGCCCAAUUCACACCAACAAUUAUCACGCUUCUCAAGCUGCACUUUACGGUGGGCCAGGUGCAUUGAGCCACGGUGCCAUUCUUUCGACACCUUCUUACGCGGGAGUUAAUGGAGGAAUGAUAGUCGAUACAGCUGGACAAAUUAUAAACCACGGGACCCACCACGGUGGGACCCACUCGUACGACUGGCGUGCUGAUUCGGCCCUAGUCGAGAAGUAUGCGAGUCAAACCUCUUCGUUGGGGCUUACUAGCUUGUACAGGGCAUCGACCUCUGUGGAAGGCUUUCCUGGAGGAGUGGCUAAUGCCACGUCAGCAGGUCAUGGAAAUCGAGCUGCUCAGUCUGAUCUGUAUCAGUUUGCUGAUGCAGUUGCGGAGAGUGAAUCGUAUAGGAGCGGUGUUACGCACAGCGCUGCUGCUCCUACUGCUUUGCCUUCGCAUUAUUCGUCGUAUUUAUACCAAGUAUAGGCAGCCUAUUGUGGAUACUCUGAGAUAUGUUUUUUUUUUUUUGGAACCAUCUCUAGUUAGAUAAGAGUACUUGGUGAUGUUGUUUAUGUUAAUUUUAUUUAUAACCUUUAAUAGUAUUUUAAUGAGAGAUGGUAAUCUGGUUCGCAAUAGAACUGAUUUUUCUGUUUUUUUUU